UGGGCGGCGGCGGCGCGCGGCGCGGCCCGGCAGCCGCAGGGGCACGCGCAGCGCGCGGGCGUUUCACCGUUUCGCCCCCCGGGGCAUUUCCCCGGCCCCCGCCCCCUUCUCAGCUGCCCUCCCGUCUCCCGGGGCUCCCCCUGCCGCCGUCGCCGCCGAGCCGGGAGAAGGCCGGGGAGGGGGGUGAGAGAGGAGGAAGGGGGAAGUGUAAGAAAGGAGGCGGGGAGAGAGGGCGGCGGCGAGGCCGCGGCGCGGGCGGGCAGAAAACUUGAUUGGAUUUAAUAUAUUUCCGUGGGAUCGGAAGGAACUCCUGCCUGCUGCAUCUGGUUUAGACACCCGACAGAUAAGUUCCAUGUGGAUGGUUUAAUAAACUCUUCUGCAUCCUGGUGAUUCUGUGGUCCAAGUUCAGAAACUGAUUCGAACUCCUAUGGUGUGAACUGGAAGAGGUGCAGCGAUUCGGAAUGUUGGGUUUGAAAGCUCAGGGAAGAAGCAGCAGGGAGAAAAAAGUAACACAGUGUGCCUGAAAAUGACAACAAAGCGGAAUUUGUUUGUGCGGCUGGUGCCAUGCCGCUGUCUGCGUGGAGAGGAAGAAACAGUCACUACUCUUGAUUAUUCUCACUGCAGCCUGGAACAGGUGCCUAAGGAGAUUUUCACUUUUGAAAAGACCUUGGAGGAACUCUAUUUAGAUGCUAAUCAGAUUGAAGAGCUUCCAAAGCAACUUUUUAACUGUCAGUCUCUGCACAAGCUGAGUUUGCCAGACAAUGAUCUAACUACAUUGCCAGCAUCCAUCGCAAAUCUCAUUAAUCUCAGGGAACUGGAUGUCAGCAAGAAUGGCAUACAGGAGUUUCCAGAAAAUAUAAAAAACUGUAAAGUCUUGACAGUUGUUGAGGCCAGCGUAAACCCAAUUUCAAAACUUCCAGAUGGAUUUUCCCAACUGUUAAACCUAACGCAGCUGUACCUGAAUGAUGCUUUUCUUGAGUUUUUGCCAGCCAACUUUGGCAGAUUAACUAAACUCCAGAUACUGGAACUUAGAGAAAACCAGUUAAAAAUAUUGCCAAAAACCAUGUCCAGACUGACUCAGCUGGAGAGACUGGACUUAGGAAGUAAUGAAUUCACAGAAGUGCCUGAAGUACUUGAACAACUGAGCGGGUUAAAGGAAUUUUGGAUGGAUGGUAAUAGACUAACACUUAUCCCAGGGUUCAUAGGUACUUUGAAACAGCUGACCUACUUGGAUGUUUCUAAAAACAACAUUGAAGUAGUUGAAGAAGGUAUUUCAGGUUGUGAAAGCCUACAAGACCUACUGUUAUCCAGUAAUUCACUUCAGCAACUGCCAGAGUCCAUUGGUUCACUGAAGAAGGUAACAACACUUAAAAUAGAUGAAAACCAGUUAAUUUAUUUGCCGGACUCCAUAGGAGGGUUAAUAUCAGUAGAAGAAGUGGACUGUAGUUUUAAUGAGAUUGAAACAUUGCCUUCAUCUGUUGGGCAACUCUCUAACAUAAGGACAUUUGCUGCAGAUCAUAACUUUUUAACACAGCUGCCACCAGAGAUAGGAAACUGGAAGCAUGUAACAGUGUUGUUUCUGCAUUCUAAUAAGCUUGAAUUUCUCCCUGAAGAAAUGGGUGAUAUGCAGAAAUUAAAAGUCAUCAAUCUGAGUGACAAUAGACUGAAGAAUUUGCCCUUUACCUUUACAAAACUGCAGCAGCUCACUGCUAUGUGGCUGUCAGACAAUCAGUCUAAACCGCUUAUCCCUCUUCAAAAAGAAGCUGACCCUGACACACAGAAAACAGUGCUUACCAAUUACAUGUUCCCCCAGCAACCAAGGACUGAGGAUGUUAUGUUCAUAUCUGAUAAUGAAAGCUUCAAUCCAUCUUUGUGGGAGGAACAGAGGAAACAGCGUGCUCAGGUGGCUUUUGAAUGUGAUGAAGACAAAGAUGAAAGGGAGGCACCACCUCGGGAGGGCAACCUGAAGAGAUAUCCAACUCCAUAUCCUGAUGAACUGAAGAAUAUGGUCAAAACAGUCCAGACGAUUGUACAUAGACUAAAGGAUGAAGAAUCUACUGAAGACACUGCCAAGGAGUCAAAACGAGAAGGCCAAGCAGUUUCUGUAAAAGAUGUGGGGGUAAAGACUUCAGAAAUUGCUGCAGUAAAAAACAAAGCAGAUGAGAGAAAGCAAUAUUCAGCAGGAAACUCCAUGCAGAAGCCUACUGAACCAGAAGCUGAGCACAGCACUGCAAAUUCACAGAUGACUGCACUUGUUAAAACCUUAAAGAACACAAAAACAAUUGUCAACCAUGAAGACACGCUUGAGCAGGAAUCAGAAGAACUCUCCUCUGAUGAAGAGAUGAAAAUGGCAGAAAUGCGGCCACCGCUGAUAGAAACCUCCAUGAACCAACCAAAAGUGGUAGCUCUUAGCAAUAACAAAAAAGAUGGUUUAAAAGAUGCUGAUUCCUUAUCAGAUGAAGCUACCCACAAUAGCAAUCAGAAUAACAGCAACUGUUCCUCUCCUUCUCGAAUGUCGGAUUCCGUUUCCUUAAAUACUGAUAGUAGCCAAGAUAUUUCUCUCUGUUCUCCAGACAAAGAAACACAUGCAGCUGUUUUAUCCAAAAUCAGACGAGAAGAUGAAAAUUUGAAUAAUCUUUUGCAAAAUGGAGGUGAAUUGAGCAUUACAGUAGAAGGAAAAACAAAUGUGCAAGACAAGGUUACAAAUUUGUCUGAAUAUGAAUUAAGCAUUGAAGAAAGACUAGGUCUGAUAGGAAAAGGUGUUGAUCUAAACACUCCUACUGAGGAGUCUCACAAAUUAGACCAAAUAAACAUGAAUAUCAAUAAGCUGGCUAGUGAAGAGGCAGUGCCAGUUCCCAUAGAAAGAUUAAAACCACAGGAAAUAACAUCAGUAAAGGGGUUUUUGAAUAACAAUAUGAAAGAAGAAAACGAGCACUUGGAAAAUGGAAAUAAAUAUCCUGUAAAUAAAGUAAAUGGACAUCCUGAGGAAUCAGUACAGUCUCCUAUCAGAGAUGAAGUAAUGCGAAGCACUACAGUUGAUGGUGAUUCUUCUGCUGAGCUGCCUAUUUCAAAGAGCACUGAAGAUCUGUCCCCACAGAGAAGUGGUCCUGUGGUGAAAUCUCACAGCAUCACCAGUAUGGAUACUGGUGGUCUGAAAAUCUAUGAUAUUGUCAAUGACAACGGACCUCAGCAGCCAAACACAGUGGUUAAAUCAGCAUCUGGUAGUGCAGAUGGAAAAAACAUAGUCAGAAGUAAAUCUGCUACUCUUCUGUAUGACCAGCCUUUGCAAGUUUUUCCUGGAUCAUCGUCAUCAUCUGAUUUAAUAUCUUCUACAAAAACUGUGUUCAAGUUUGACUCAAAUCACAAUCCUGAAGGUGUUAAUGUGGUGAGAGGGUCAGUGGCAAGUGGUGCACAAAUGUUCUGCGCUCCCCAGUAUAAUAUCCAGUACAGCAGCAGCGCAACAGCCAAAGACACCCUGUGGCCCCAGAAACAAAGCACCCAGGUAGAACAAGGCAGCUUACCUCCUUCACGUCUGCUUAGGUCUGACAGCACAGAAACCCCUAGCUAUGUAAAGCAUUCUGCCAAUAUGAAUUUCUCCAAUCAUAACAAUGUUCGAGCCAGUACCACAUAUAACACUCAUCAACGGAUGUCUGGGAGACAUACAGAUAUGUGGGCUAUUGCACCAAAUGAUAGACUGCUCCCAGGAGCAACCAGAAACACUCUUCAAAGGCAGAGCAGUGUAACCUCUACAGCUUCUGUAAAUGUCGGUGAUACUGGACCCUCAAGGCGGGCUCAGCUUCCUGAAGGGGACUACUUAACGUACAGAGAUAUGCAUUCAAUGGGAAGAGCUCCACCAGUAAUGUCUGGGCAUCAGAGACCUCUUUCUGCCAGGACAUACAGCAUUGAUGGUCCAAAUGUACCCCGACCACAGAGUGCUCGACCUUCAGUGAAUGAAAUACCAGAAAGAACUAUGUCAGUUAGUGACUUUAAUUACUCACGGACUAGUCCUUCAAAAAGAUCAAACCCAAGGGUUAACUCUGAGCAUUCUUUAUUAGACCCUCCAGGAAAGAGUAAAGUCCCUCAUGACUGGAGGGAGCAGGUGCUGCGACACAUCGAAGCUAAAAAACUAGAGAAGAGCAUGCUGUCUAGGUCCUUUAAUUCCAAUUACGCUGCAGUUAGCAGCUUUCCCUAUGGCAGCUCUAGGGAUCUGCAUGGCAGCCAGGGUAGUGUUGCCUUGAGUGUUGCAGACGGAAGAGGUUCUGGUGUGCACGUUGUUCGACAUCCCCAGGCUUCUACUCCAGGAGAACAGUGCCAAGAUGAGGUAUUCAUUUCGGGACAGCAGAAUUACUCAUCUGCCACACUUAGCCUCAAAGAUGUUCCUCCAGACAGCAUGAAGAAAGUAGCUGUGCAGAUACCUUUGACAAAUGGACAGAUGUGCCAGCCUCAAAGACCACAGGCAAACUACAGCCAAGUCCAUCAUCUCCCUCCUCAAUCAUCAGUAGCAAGACAUCCAUCUAGAGAACAAUUAAUUGAUUAUCUGAUGUUGAAAGUUGCCCACCAGCCUCCCUAUGCACAAUCCCAGUGUUCUCCCAGACAAAGCCAUGAAAUGGUAAAGCAAGAGAUUCGAGUGAGGAUUGACAAGGAUCCUGAGCUUGGAUUUAGUAUAUCAGGAGGAGUUGGCGGUAGAGGGAAUCCGUUCAGACCUGAAGAUGAUGGUAUAUUUGUAACCAGAGUGCAACCAGAAGGACCAGCAUCUAAGCUAUUGCAGCCUGGAGAUAAAAUAAUUCAGGCGAGCCAGAGACCCCAGCCUUCCCGAGGCAGGAGAGCAAACGUCGUUUCAGGAGCUGCGGCUUCUGGGCUGCAGCUUUGCAGUUCUUCUCUGGGGAGUCAGUACCUUUCAGACCACCUCUUCUGUGUCAGGCUAAUGGAUACAGCUUCAUCAAUAUUGAUCAUGGACAAGCAGUAUCUUUGCUAAAGACUUUUCAGAAUGCAGUGGAACUCAUCAUUGUACGAGAGGUUUCUUCAUAAAUACUGUGGAUAUGGGGAAAAAGCCAACAAGAUUCAUCGAAGGACUUAUGGGGAACUGAAUAUUUUGACUAUUUUUAUAUAUGAAAGGGACUUAAACUAUGAUCAAAAUUUGUACAGGAGAUGAAAUAUUGAACUUGUGGUUAAAGGGGGAAAAACCACUGUAUAGAACGUACAGGAAAUCAUUUUGGAAAUGCAUAUGGUGAAUAAACUUGUUUUUAAGCAUUAUAGCAAUCUAAGGAUCACUCCUACAAGAACAAACCUGUGUUGUUUUUUGUACAGAUGGUAGGUUUAUUUUUGGAUAAUUCAUACACAUUACUAAACUUUGUGCAAGGCUUUGAGAAGCCUAGGUUGUAGCCAAUGGACAGAUGGCCGGGCUGUCUGUCCUGUAGCUGUUUAUUGCCUUUAUUUUUAUUCACCAGAUAUUAAUGUGUUAGCGAAACCACUUCUGUAGAUGUGGACAGGAGAUAUGAAACGUUGGCUUUGCUAUGUGCACGUUGUAUAGUUGAAUGGGUAGAUGGAAGGUGGUGCUGGUUGGACAGAAUAAAGGCCAGGUGAAACAACUAUUUGCUAUCUAAAUCUGGAAUCAAGAGUGAUGAAAAACUGUUUAGUUUUGGAGUGUACGUCUACCAAUAGAAAAUGCAAUAAAAGCUUAUGGUGUUUUUUAGGAAGACUAUAAUGACAAAUUUGUGAUCUUCUGCAGGAUUUGUUCUUAAUGUAGUCAUUGAAUAUUCAUUUGCCACAUGCGAUUCAAGUUUAGUUGGGGUUUUUUUGCAUACAUAAUUUUUUUCAACUGUACUGUGGAAAUGUGCCCAGAGAUUUUCUCUGCCAUGGAAAUCCCCAAUUUUGUGCAAAUGGCGAUGCUUUUAUCUUUAUAAAGUACUCCAUUUUAAUCUUAUAGAUUUUUAAAAAUGAAACUGAAAUGGCCAGUUUUUAAGAUUGUUGCCUGUAAUAUACAUCUAAAAACACACAAAGUGAAUGAUGCAGGAAGGGUUAUGAACGUCAUCUUGAUUUUGUUUGGCCUUUGCAUUACCUUGUUAAUCAAAAAGGAAACCAUAUGCGUGGAGCUAGGUAACCAAAGCAAGUUUGUGAAACUUUGAAUGGUGAUGGAGAAUUGCUGUGGGGAGCUGAGGAGCAAAGGGAGGGCGUACUUACAACCCACCAGUUCGUAAUGAUGUUUCUUAAAGGGCUGUUCCUACAGGUAACUUUAAAUGUGAACUAGACACUUCAGAGUCAUUAAAGGGUUUCUAACUAUAUUAAUAUAAUAGUGAUUUACCACAGGCUGCCUUUGUUCCUUAUUACUGUAUAAAAUAUUCAAUUAUGCUUUUAUUAAUUUUGUUUACCAGAAACAUUAACUUUAUUUUUCUUUCUCCUUUGUAAUUGAAUAGAGACUGCAUAAUCUGCAGUGAUAAUCAAUACACGGUUGUUAUGGACCAGGGAAAAGUGCCAUAGAAGACCAAUAACUGUUUUUAAUUAGGGCUAAUGAUUAGCCUGUCAUUGGAGCAAUAUUUAGUUAUUGCGGUUCAUUUUUAAUUACAUAUAAGUUGGUAGUUUGAAACUGGUGUAAGUUGUUUUUUUUUCAACCCAUAUGUACAAAAAUAAAUGCUUUUAAUAAAGCUAGCAAAAACACCAGCCUUCUUUAGUUUUGGGAAAAUGAGCUGGAAGAGAAAGGAAUUAUACCUAGCUAGCAUUAAAAAACAGGCAGUACUUUUUAAGUAAGUGAACUCCAAUAUUAUUGCACUUCUUUCAAAGACGUUAACUAUUGCUUGUUGUACUGUGUAUAGUUCUAAUUUUAAUUGAAACCCUUUAACAACUCUUUGUAUAUUUUAAUUCUUUUUAGUUGAUUUGCAGUAAUAUUUACAUAGGAAAUGAUUUUUUUGAUAUAUUAGCAGAAAUGUGCUGUAUUUUGAUAAAAUUCACUUAUUUUCUGUGUGCUGUUAAUCUCUAAAGAAAAGAAUGAGAAACAUAGCUAUAUAAUGGCAGGCUUCAGUAUUCCCCUUCUAAGAUGUCUUUUGUUGUUGUUUAGUUUAUAUUUUUUUAUUGAAAAUGCAAAAUGUUCACAUCACAUCUUCAUUACUUCUAAUCAUGUUAUUUUUAUCACACACUGCCUUUUAAAGGGAAUGCAUACAGACAAGUCCUGAAUUAACUUGGUCUUAUACAUAACUUGUAUCUUUGGGAAGGGAAAAGUUCAAAAAGCAGAACUGAUUCUUUACUGAUCUUGGAUGGACUUUAUAUACAUUUUGCAGUACGUUUUAAAUAUAUCUCUGAUGAAUAUCACUGAUGAAUAAUUGUAUUCUACUUUGCUUUAAUGUUAACAGAAGUUUUAAACUAUAUUGCGUCACUUAGUUUGCAGAGUUAUGUAUGGCAGGAAAAUGCUACCAAAAACUGUUUGGCUAUGGUUAGAAGUAGAGAUUUACAGCAAGAAGUUUAGUACUACUUGUGGAAAUCCUUGGCCAAAGUUUGUGUUCAGUAAAUUAACAAAUUAACCAUCAAAUAAAGCAUUGAUUAUGCUGAUUUUACUCAGCAAACCUUGGAGUUUGUAAUGGGUUGAAAUGUGUUUGUUCCUUCAGUGUCUGUGUGUAAAGGUAAAUAAAUAAAUGUCAAUCUAGAUGAUUUUGCAGAGAGUGGGAGGAAGAUGUCUCCUGAAUUAGUCCAGCCAGGAUUCAGUAGGAGGAGAAACCGUAUCAGCACUUUUCAUUUUGAAUGCCUCUUAGACUACUUCUUGAAUAGAAUAAAAUCCGUCAGCAGCAUAAGUUAUUCAGCAUAGCAAUGAGUUGAUGCAAACUCUGUUAAUUCUUUCUAUUCUUAAUAGUUCAUUAAAGAAUCAGUUCAACUGAUAUAGUGAAAAGAUGAAAUCUCCCACAUAUUUAUUGUGUAAAUAUUUUUCUGAGUUUCUUUUUUGGACUGGAGUUAAAAAAAUGUGUAUAUACUUGAAAGCAUUCUAUGAACACAAACAUAGCAAUAAGCAACACACAGUUAAACCUUUGAUCAUUUUGUUUUUGUUUAGAAAUAUUCCCUUGUCAACAGCUAUGAAAUGAUGUUUUUAUUGAUCAGCAUUUAUUCAACAUUCCAAAUUUUUGUAUAUAAUUAGACUGUUUCUGAGUAACACAUGGAGAAUAGAUAAUAAACUAAUGCUCUUUAAA